AUGGCAACACGUACUGUUGGUUUGAUUCAAAAUCAGAAUUUAAAUGCUCGGUUCAAUGGCAAGACCAAUGUCUUUAAAGCACAAAGGAAAGCUGGUAUUGGUGGAAGAAAACCACUUGGUUCCAACUCAGGCAAGCCAUACUCGCAAGGAACGUCAAAGAAGAACCAAAAGGCAAAGUUGGGUAAUCCAGAAGAGGAUCUAUGUCAACUCGAAGAUAUUUCAGAGGAAGGGUGUCGGCAAAAUCAUGAAGAUUGCAUCAAAACACAGAAAAGAGCUAUAAGCACUAAUGAUUUUUUGCGGAUUCUUGGAUUAGAUGAUUUCUCCAAACAUUCAGCAUCUGCAAAGGAAUAUUCAUUGUCAAACAUAUUGGAGCCUAUGAGUCCCCCAAGGUAUGCUGAAUCGAAACAAGAUGACUGCGAUGCUGAUCGAAGAGCCAUCUCCUCCAAAACAUAUGUUAAGGAAAUUCGACUCUUUUGCAGCUAGUCCAGAGCCAUUGGAACAGCAUAUGCAGUGGGAUGAUCCUAAGUACAUUCCCAGUUUCAAGCUGCUAAAAGAAUCACCAUAAUGG